AGAAAUAUAUUAUUUUUAUUAGCUUUAGGAUAUGAUAAUUGAUUUAAGGAAAUUAUACAAUGUACUUGAUUAAAAUAAAAUUUCAUUUUUGUUUAUAAUAUGAUUAAAUGAAUUGUAAUAUUUCAUUUAUUUGAAUAUAAAAAAAUAAAAUGAAAAAUAGCUCUAAAUUAAUACGGAGAAUGACUCGGGCAACGGUAACAGCACUGGAGGGAUUACCUCGACCCCUGACACGGUCCAGGUGCUGUUCGGCAUGGGGGUGACCGCGGAGCAGCUCCAGGCUGCCGUUGCGGCGCUCUCCUCCAUGGGCAGGAGUGGACUCGGCACCAGAACUACCCACACCCCGAGAGGCCCUAAUACCGAGCACGCUGCCACUUCACAGCACAAAGGGAAGAAGACCCAAAGGAGCCGGAGGAGGCCCGGUAAGGCUCCGAUGAUCGAGGAGGUGCUGGUAGAGGACAUUUCAGAAGGGGAAGUCGAGCCCAAAGAGACGAAGAUGAACUUAGAUUUCUAUGUUCUAAUGGAGUCCUUCUUGGUCUUAAAAAUCCCUUUCUCGCUGUUGGAAAGGGCGGCGUCGAAACUAGAGUCUGAGCUGGAGGACUUUGCCACCCGAAACAAGGUCUGGAGGCGGUCAAGGUCAGGCUGCAUGUCCGUUUACCGACAGCGGAUGAGGAAUCCCGCCAGGUAGUGAGUUAGUCGCAACUUGAGGAUGAUGAUGUUGAUGAUUAUCGGUUGGUUAUGACAUGUGCUUUGU